AUGCCGUGUGUGGACUACAGCAGCGGAGCCCUGACUGGUGACCUCUGCGAAGACUUAUGUGUGGCACAGAAGCUGGUGUACAAACACUGCCUUUACUAUGACAGAGGUAAGAAGGUCAUCCAGGCUGACUGGAGAGGCCAGCCUAUCAUCCUGAAAUCCAAAAAGGAAAUCUUCUCCAGCUACCAGCAUCUCAGUAUGCUAGAGGAGGUGGAAACACAGGAUAUUCCUGAAACAGAGCUUCUGCUGAUGGUAGCCCUGGAGGUCAAAAACGUCCUGGGGCUAGAAUUAUCUAACAAUACCAUGGGACCCCUGUGGACAAGGAGUAAGGGACCACAUUGGAAAGCACAGGUGGCCAGCAUGUGGUCCUUGCUCCAGCAGGAAGAAUAUAUCUACUUCAGUUUACUGCAAGACUUCAGCAAACACGUGCUACGAAUUAUUGGCUCCUGUGGACAUUUCUAUGCUGUGGAGUAUCUCACAGCUGGACAUGCCUGGCACAAAACUCUUUUUCCCUUGGAAAAUAUGGCUGGUCUCUCCCUUACUGGCAGCCAAAGCAGGGUGAGAGCCAUCAUAGACAUUGCACUCAGCUUUCUGGAUAUGGUGCAGCAUUUUGAUAACGAUUUCUCUCACCGCCUUCACUUGUGUGACAUCAAACCAGAAAAUUUUGCUAUCAGGCACGAUCUGACGGUUGUGGCCAUUGAUGUGGAUAUGGCCUUUUUUGAACCCAAAAUGAGAGACAUCCUUGAACAGAACUGCACAGCAGAUGAAGACUGUAAUUUUUUUGAUUGCUUUUCAAAAUGCGAUCUGAAAAUCAGAAAAUGUGGAGCACAGAGAGCCAACAGCAACUUGCAAGUCAUUUGUGACAAAAUAUUCCGCCGCUGGUUUUCUCCAAAUCUCCGAGGGCUCCUGGUUUCCUUCCCGCUGCAGUUGCAGUUGCAGAAGGCUGUGCGUGAAUGUGCAGAGCUGGCGCAUGAGGAUGCUGCUGUGCACCAGAGAACUCUGAAAUCUCUCUCAGAGUUAUACCAUCUGCUUCGGGUCAGCCAACGUGAACUGCAAAGGGCAAAGUAGACGCGAAGGGCUGAGAAGACACAAAGGGAAGAGCUGCAAAGGCCUUGUCACAGCCACCGUAAAGGAAGCUGUAUGAGAGGCAGUUUGGGUUUUCUUUUCUCUCAUCCUUCUUAUCCAUUGUAUUACAUUUACAGCACAUAAAUUCAUGGCUGCAGGUGCAGUGUGUCCUGUCAAUAUCCUUUGAAGCGUGAAAUUGUUUUAUGUUAUCUGGAUCCCAUUCCUGCUUAUUCUCCUGAGCUAAGGCUGGCACUCUCCAUCAACAUUCAGCACAUCAUCUGCUUACCCCAAGAGCUGUAGUCCCUGCUCAGCUAGCAUCUGGCCUGAGUGGUGUGCUCAGAGUGAUGAUGCAUUUACAUAUGGAUGGUGCUUUGAAGAUGAAAAGUGUUAAGUGCGGCAAAACUGAUAUCAAUAAUUUAAAAUAGUGUGAGGGUGGGUGGGGGUAGGUAUGUGAGUGGUGUCUCUUUCUAUUGCUGUGUAGAAUGAGGGUUUUAAAAGCAGGGACAAAGUGCUCUGUAUCAAAAGACAGUCUCAAAUAGGGAAAUGUAUUGCCACAAGAGUAAAGAACUGCUUCUGCAAAAGAUUCUGUUUUUGGUGUCCCCAAAUGCAUUUCCUCUGAUAUAUAUUGCAUUUCUUGUGCCAUAGCAAGCUUUCUGGGGAGAAAUUGUAUGAAGGUACUUACAACUUUUCUACAGGAAUGUAAUUAUACUCAUGUUUCAUUCCCAUGUGGAUACUCUUAUUCUGCAAUGAAGAGAUAUGAAUAAUGCCCCUGAGUUUUCCCAUAUGAACAAGCCCUCAGGCACUUGAACAUCAGAGCACUUGAUAAGAAGCACUAGCUUGCCAGGGAGCUGAAUGACCCAGCGAUCUGUCCUUUGCACUGAACAGAACAAUAGCCAGACUCUGAGUUUUCUUACACAGUACUUUUUUUAAUCAACAAAAGGAAAUUUUUGGAAUAGUUUAUCGUCUUGCAAUCAAGGAGACCAAUUACAUAAAUAAAGAUCCUCAGAUUAAUACAAAAACAUUAGCUUUGCCUUUGUAACUUGGGCAGCUGUGGCUGGGGAAUCUAACACAAAAGUUCAGAAGAUGUUGUAUGUGUUUAGGCCCAAUAUUGGUUAAUACACCCAUGAGCUGUUUUUGGCAUGAAGACCUUAAAAACCAACCUUGGACCUUGCAGACCAAUAAAAAUAAACCAACACCCUGUGACAGUCCUCCCUUCAGAAAGGACUCUUCAAUCUUAGGACUGACAAUGCAGGUUUGUGGACGGGAGACACAUAACACCUAAUGUUUUUCAUCCUCAUAUUCCUCAGCUUUAUGACAGUUCUGGAGCUUCUGAGCAAUAAUUAUUCUUAAGAUUUCUAUCUCUGGG